AUGCCCGCCCCACCCAUCACCCUCCACGCAACUCCUCCCCUCGCCCCCCUCCCAGCUUCAGACGCCGAAUCCCUCUACUACAUCGCCCUCUUCCAACUCGCCGCUCCAGGCCGAUACGGCGUAGAAACCGGCGACUGGGGACAAAACGGCGGCAAGCUCCCGUAUGUCACCCAUCUCGGCCACAAAGUCCCCUCGGCAUACCUCCCCAACCUCCCCGGCUUCCAAGAUCCCGACGCGCACCUGUCCGCCGAGGAAAAGACCGAUGCUUUGAGCUGGAAAUCGUAUCUCGACGCCAAUAUCGUCGACCUCGUCAACCACACAUACUACUCUCUCCCCCCCAACUACCCCCAAACCAUCGCCAAAGCCCAGCUCGCAACCCUCUCUUUCCCUCAAACUCUGUACAUCCCCCAAAGAAUCAGGAGCGUCAUCAAGAGCAGAUUGACUUUCGUCGGGCUUUGGGGUUUGGGUGGGCUCAAUGAUGGCGACGCUGUGGAAGAAGACCAACGAAUCCUGUCCGAAAAGUUCAUCACCGGUCCUGGCGGUACCGUCGCCCCCCGAGCUUGGACAGGCUGGAGGUCGGGUCAGGAGGCAGAGAAGCGGAGGAGACAGUGGGGCGAGCAGCAGCUGGAUACGCGGAUCAAGGCUGCUUUCGACCCUCUGGCUAGACGGUUGGAGGGCAAGAACUACUUUUUCGGCGACAUGCAAGUCCUUCUCUCCUUAUUCAUCCAUCCACACCCCUUCCUCUACCUCUCGCACUCCCCAACUACCCCCGACCUCCACCUCUUCUCCCUCCUAACCUUCCUCCUCACCCCCUCCCUCCCAAACCCUCUCCUCCCCACACUGCUCCUUACUACCUACCCCUCCCUCUCUGCAUACCACGACCGCCUCCUCACGCACCUCUCCCUCGACUGGGCGUCUUUCCCUCUCUUGCGUCCUCGUCCUCGGGGUGUGAAGGCCGCUAGUUGGGGUGAGACGCUGAGCAGUUUUAUCCCCGGCCCUUCUACCUCUGCUUCCACCCCUAAUAAGAAGGAGAAGGAGGAGAAGAAGGAAAAGACGAGUAAAGAGAAGAGUUUCGAAAGAGGAAGGUGGUUGUGGUUUGCAGGUGCGGCGGUGUCGAUGGUUUCGUAUCUGUUCUGGAGCGGGAUCGUGGCGUAUGGAGAGUUUGAUGAUGAAGAAGGAGAGUGGAUAGAGGUCGAAGAGGAGGUUCGGUCGUAG